AUGAAGUCCUCUCUGGCUGUGUGCGGAGGGAGUGGUGGGAAGAGGGAUACUCAGGGCCUGCGGUCACGAAUGGGGCGGAUGAAGAGACUGCUGUACCUGAGGUCAAGCCACAGCGGAGACAUCCACACAGACACGGAGCCUGGUGUCUGGCUCAGGAGCUUUCAGUCACUGGACACCGAUGGCAAGUGUGAGGACCCAGUGCAGGAAUGGGGGGAGGAGGUGGAGGAUGGAGCAGUAUUUGGCAUCACACUGCGCAGGGAUCCUGUCCAGCCAAGUAACUCGGCAGAGACCCCUACAACCCUCAGCUUCAUCCAGUACCACACAGUGAAGGUGCGGCGGCUGAAGGCUGGCACCAUGGAGCGCCUGGUCACUCACUUGUUGGACCCCGAGCACCAGGAAGUCGAAUUCACUCGCAUCUUCCUCUCCACCUACAGGGCCUUCACCUCUGCCAGCACCCUCAUAGAACUGUUGUUUCAGAGAGAUGACUCAGUCGCUAACCUGGAUAAUACUGUGUGUCUAAGAAGUACCCUGCACCCAGUGAUAAAGCUGUGGUUGGAGGAAUAUGCUGAGGAUUUCCGUGACCCCCCGCAGUACCAGACCCUCAGGAAGCUGUGUGCCCACCUACGCCACCGCCUCUGCUUCAGACGCAUUGCCCAGACUGCUGAGAGCCUGCUGAAGAGUAUCCAGGAGCAAGAUUGUACCUCCUUCCACAAGUCUGUGACUAAGCAACAAGGUGAGUCUAAUAAGCUGGAGGAGCAUGGAGAUCAGGAGGAAGGAGUUGAGGACAGACACAACUUCAUGGACUUUCCUGUGAAAGAAGUUGCCGAACAGCUGACCAGGUUGGAUGCUGAACUGUUUGUCCGAGUGGUGCCCUUCCACUGCCUGGGCUGUGUCUGGUCCCAGCGCGACAAGAAAGAAAACCGGAACUUGGCACCCACCGUCCGCGCCACCAUCGCCCAGUUCAACGCCGUCACCAACCGUGUCAUCACCUCUCUGCUCUGUCCACCCACCGUCAGUCCUACCACCUCCUCGCCUGCCUCUUCUCCUAUCUCUCUCAUUUCUUUCUCCUACCCCUCCGCUGUCCCAGGCUCGCCUCACUCUUCACACACUUGCCACAUCCACAGAGCACGCGUCAUUGAGAAGUGGAUCGCCAUCGCGCAGGAGUGCAGACAGCUGAGGAACUUUUCUUCUCUGAGGGCCAUCCUCUCAGCCCUACAAUCCAAUGCCGUCUACCGCCUCAAGAAGACCUGGGCUGCCGUCAGCAGGGAAGUGAUGGCCAGUUUUGAUCACUUAUGUGAAACCUUCCCCGAUGAGAAUUGUGUGCUGACAAGCAGAGAGAUCCUGGUGGAGGAUGGGAGUCACCCUGAAGAGGAUGCCAGCCUGGAACCUAAAUCACCCAAACUCUGCCCCAUAUCCAGACAGCUGAGUUCCAGCAGUGGCAUUGUGCCAUACCUCGGCACCUACCUGACUGUUCUCACCAUGCUCGACACAGCGCUAACCGACACCGUGGAGGGCGGUCUCAUUAACUUUGAGAAGCGCAGAAGGGAGUAUGAGAUUCUUUCCCAGAUACGUCAGCUUCAGGCAUCCUGUUCCCAGUACAGCCUGCCAGUAAACCACACCAUUACUGCCUGGCUACAGGCCCACACACUGCUUACAGACCAGGAGAGCUAUGAGCUUUCCCGUGAUCUAGAGCCUCCAGUGGACCCCUGUCCCAGUUCACCCAACUCAUGGAGCCACCGCCUGCUCACAAGGAAGCUUGCCACGUUACGAACAGCCAGCGAGAGCUCCAGCAAGAAGACCCAUGCUGACCAAAUCAGCGUGUCGUCCUCCAGUUCCAGCGGCUCAGAGAUGGAGGACCUGUCCACCCCACAACCGUCACCACUCAGACUCAAACUCAAGUCUCUUUCAGGCUCGCUCCACAAUGUAGCUGAGGAUUUCUCCCUCACCUCCUCCUCAUCCCCCAGUUCCUCCACCUCCUCCUGUAGCUCCUCCCAGCCAGACCUCAGCUCCUCCUCACUGGUCAUGAGCCCCGAGUCGUCAUCUUCCACUUGCUGUCCGCAUCCUUCGCUGCCCGUCUACAACAAACAAGGGGCAGACUCGUGCAUCAUCAGGGUCAGCGUGGAGUGUGGCAACAAUGGUAACGUCUACAAGAGCAUACUGCUGACAAGCCAGGACCACACCCCUCAGGUUAUCCAGAGGGCUCUUGAAAAACACAACAUGGAGGAUGUCAGCUUCCACGAGUUCAGCCUCAGCCAAGUGCUCAACGACAAGGAGCUCCAGAUUCCUGACAAAGCCAACGUUUUCUAUGCCAUGUGCACUUCAGCCAAUAAUGAUUUUGUCUUGCGCCAGCGCUGGAGGAGCCACACCCUUCAUCAUGGCUCCUCUUCUAGCCCAAGGGCCCAACCCAAGAACCGCCAUGCCAAGUGAAGAGCACUUCUCCUGACUGAAAGGAAGAGUUACAUCUAGAAGGAUUCUGAGGAACCACACAUCUGUAGCAAUAAACCAACAUCAUCAAUUGGUCUCUAUGAAAUUUUCGUUCAGCAGGUCGGAGAGUCCUCUUGAGUUUCCGCAAGUAACCUGAGGGCUUGGAGUGAAAAAUGAUUGAAAGUAUUGGCAUCAGAAGAUGCUAGUUCUCACUGGGGGAAGUGUGCGCGCACAUGUUUGUGUUUGUGUGUGUGUGUGUGUGUGUGUGUGUGUGUGUGUGUGUGUGUGUGUGUGUGUGUGUGUGUGUGUGAAAGAGAGAGAGAGAGAGAGAGAGAGAGUGAAGUGAGAUCUACAUGUUUGGAUGUUGGGCCAAAAAACUGGGAUAAAGGGAAAGUUCUGGACAUGUUUAAGAGUUGAGACAGGAAAAAUUGGGGAAAUGUAUGUGGGGAAAAGUGAGGCCUAGAAAAGAGAGGGGCACAGUCAGGAUUCAGAGAAGGAAGUCAUGAAAUUUGCGUUUUAGAUGUUAUUCUAUUAUUCACCCUAAUCAUGAACUACAUCAGAGAGACAAACAAUAUCUUGACCUCUCUCUUUUUAAAAAAAUCUGUUUUAUAAAUAAGUAAGCUAUGAUAUUAGGACCUAUACUGUUAACCUACUGAAGUAAUACACACACUCAAUGUAAACUCCUCAAUGUACAGACUGUUUUUCAGUCUUGCCAUUCUUCCACCUAAUUUUUGGUUCUUGAACAUAGGUUCAAAAAUCUAACAGUGAGAGUACUGUAGCUGUGUAAAUACAUGGAAUGAGAUUCAUCUACGUCAUAACGCUGUUAUAAAAACAUUUUAGUGCAUGUUUGGCUGCAGAAUGGACAAAUGAAGUGAGGUGAGCUCGAUGGUUGCAUG